AUGUCUAUCGGAGUUGCUAUUAUUGGCAGUGGCAUCUUUGCCCGGGAAGAACACUUGCCCGUAGCACGCGCCUCGCCCGAUUUCGCGCUCAAGGCGAUUUAUUCCCGCUCCCUCCAGUCAGCACAGAACCUCGCCUCUGGAGUCGAGGGAGUAGAUCUAUACUCGGAGGAUGCCGGCACCGGCAGAAGCUACGCGGAUCUCCUAGCUCGGGAGGACGUGCAAGCUGUCAUCAUCGCCUUGCCGAUUCUCGCCCAGCCAGAGUACAUCAAGCAGGCUCUUACCGCCGGGAAACAUGUCCUGUCCGAGAAGCCCAUUGCCAAGGACCUGGCCACCGCCCAGGAGCUGUUGCAGUGGUACACUGUCAACAUCGACACCAGCAAGACUCUCUGGGCCGUCGCGGAGAACUACCGCUACCUGGCCAAGUUCAUCCGGACCGCCGAGGAGGUCCGCAGAUUGGGCGGAGUGAAGAACUUCCGCGUGAGCGUGCGCAGUCUGAUCAAGACGGACUUCAAGUACUACAAGACGGAGUGGCGUCGGACCCCAGCUCACCAGGGCGGAUUCGUCCUUGACGGCGGCAUCCACCUCGUCGCGGGACUGCGGCUGAUUCUCGGAGAGCAGGAGGCGCUGGCCUCGGUGUCCGCGCGGUCGAGUCUCCUGCAGGAGUAUCUGGCUCCCGUGGACACCGUGGACGCCGUGGCGCAGACGAAGUCCGGAGCAUCGGGCGCCAUCACCAUGUCGUAUGGCUCGGCAUUCAACGACUUUGUAUUUGAGUUCGACUGCGCGCAAGGCGCGGUGACGCUGAACGGCGACCGGGUCACGGUCAAGGGGGAGAGCUUCGAGGUGCCCUUUGAGGGCCGGGGAGUGAACCACGAGGUGGCUGGGUUUGCGGCAUCAAUUCGGACCGGUGCGGUGCAAGCCUUGUUGCGGCCGGAGCAGGCGUUGGCGGAUUUAGAGAUGGUCCUCGCAAAGAAGCACGUCCCCAUCGUCAAGAAGCGCACCAAGCGUUUCUUCCGCCACCAGUCCGACCGCUUCAAGUGCGUGCCGGAGUCAUGGCGCAAGCCCAAGGGUAUCGACAACCGCGUCCGUAGACGCUUCAAGGGCAACAUCCCCAUGCCCUCGAUCGGUUACGGAAGCAACAAGAAGACCAAGCACAUGAUGCCCUCCGGCCACAAGGCUUUCCUCGUCCACAACCCCAAGGACGUCGAGCUUCUUCUCAUGCACAACCGCACCUACGCUGCUGAGAUCGCCUCCGCCGUCUCUUCCCGCAAGCGUGUCGACAUCAUUGCCAAGGCCAAGGCCCUCGGCGUCAAGGUCACCAACCCCAAGGGCCGUGUCACCACUGAGGCUUAA